AUGAAGUGGUGUAUGCGCCGUCGCUCCAGGACAAUCUGUCUGUCCUUGGCCUUCAUCACCAUUUUCCUCCACCUCCUCCUGGCGCUUGUCUCUCUUUCCAUUUACCACGAGCCCUGUGACCCCCCACCGUCAACCAGGACACACAUCCUGAGCGACCUGGCACAGACAAACUACACCACCGUAGGGAUCAGUAGUUUAGCUGAGCCACCAGCUGAUACCACACAAAGAGUUUCUUCCAAAUUAGAUGCCAAGAAUGCCAAAGAUCAUGUGCAAAUACCUACUGACAAGGGCUUGUCAGUGAAAGAGAGAAAAGCCUCAAUGAACAAGACGGCCGAUGUUGUUCAUAAUAGCACUGGCAAAGCUGAAACUUUGGAGUCUGGGCUGUCGAAACUGGUGGCGUUGUUCGACCACCCGCUUUACAAUAUGCCCACCCCGCCCAUUCCUGAGCAAGAUUGGCUGCUGAAAGUCAAACCAAAGGUCAAAGCCAGUGAGAAGAGCUUGUGGGUGACUAAUAGUGAGGAGGGAUACGAGGAUGCCCGGUGGAACAGCAGCAGUACCAGCCACCCCCCCUGGCUGCGCUUUCACCUGACUAUCUCCCGCUGGCAGCUCUACCCCCAUCAUGAACCCAACAUGAAGAAUCUGACUGAACAGCUCAGCACACACCGCAUCGUCAGUGCAGUGCAGAAGUCUGGGGGGACGCAACUGAAGCUGGUGAUGUCAUUUCCUAACUAUGGACAAGCCAUGUUCAAACCCAUGAAGCAGGAGAGAGAUGACGAAACCAAUUAUAACCUCUACUACUUCUCAGACUUUGAGAGACACAAUGCAGAAAUUGCAGCUUUUCACCUGGACAGGAUUUUAGGUUACAGGAGAGUUCCUCCUGUAGCUGGGAGGCAGGUGGAUGUGGUCAAAGAGAUCAAAGACGUCACUACCGACCGAAAGCUGGCCCGCACCUUUUUUACCUCUCCUGUGGGAAAUGUCUGUUUCUACGGCCAGUGCUCGUACUACUGUUCAACAGAGCAUGCCGUGUGCGGCCGGCCCAAGGCCCUGGAGGCCUCCUUGGCUGUCAUGCUGCCUGAUAUGUCCCUAGCGACUCGGAGGUCAUGGAAAUCCCCCUGGAGACGCUCCUACAGCCGCACCAAGCUGGCAAAAUGGGAGACAGAACCAGACUACUGUUCGACAAUAAAAAAGACCCCACCAUACGACAAAGGCACAAGACUGGUGGACUUCAUGGAUAUGGUCAUACUUGACUUCCUGAUGAGUAACAUGGACAGACACCACUAUGAAACUUUUGAAAAGUUUGGCAACAAUACUUUCCUGCUUCACCUUGACAACGGGAGGGCAUUCGGGCGCCACUCCAAAGAUGAGCCAUCUAUCUUAACUCCAUUAAAACAGUGUUGCAGAAUCCGUCGAUCCACAUUGCUACGCUUGCAUCUGCUGUCGCUGCCUCAGUAUUGUCUCAGCGAUGUCAUGAGGGCCUCGCUAUCCCAUGAUCCUCUGCACAGUGUGGCCCCUCUGCUCUCGGAGCCCCACCUUGCUGCUCUCGAUCGGCGUUUGAAAACUGUGCUCGAGACUGUAAGUCAUUGUCAACAGCAAAAGAGUAAGGAUGAGGUCAUCUACGACGACACAGCUUACUUGAAAGACAUGGUCAGUCCUACUCAGUAG